GACGGUACAAAGGGCAGGUAAGAAGUGUCGGCGGCCCGGUGCUCCAGUAGCAGAUGAGACUUCCUCUUGGUCCCUUUUGCAUCUUCAGGAGUUUGUUCCCUCAAAGGCAACAAGUCGCAAACCCACAGAGACGAGGCCUGAGCGGCGCAGCGAUGCGUCUGGUGCAGUUCAGACGGCGUGGCGACGGAGGCGGUGUCCGGGUGGGCGUGGAGCAAGGCGGCGAGGGGCUCGGCGUGGUGGAUCUGAAGGCGUUCGACCCCUCCAUGCCCUCGACGAUGAGAGAGCUGCUGGAGCUGGGAGCCGAGGGUCUGGAGCGGGCGCAGAGAGCCUUGUCGUCCGGCCGGUGCGUGGUGGAGCGCUCGGACAUCCAGCUGCUGUCCCCCGUGUCGGCCCCGGAGAAGGUGGUGUGCGUGGGCAUGAACUACCGGGACCACUGCCUGGAGCAGAACGCCCCGAUCCCCACAGAGCCCAUCAUCUUCAGCAAAUUCCCCAGCGCCAUCACGGGGCCGUACGACGACAUCGCCCUGCCCUCGGAGAGCCAGGAGGUGGACUGGGAGGUGGAGCUGGCCUUUGUGAUCGGACGAGGAGGAAAACACAUCAAGGAGGAGGACGCGCUCGCCCACGUGGCCGGUUUCACCGUGGCCAACGACGUCAGCGCGCGCGACUGGCAGAUGAGGCGCAACGGGAAGCAGUGGCUGCUGGGUAAAACGUUCGACAGCUUCUGUCCCCUCGGCCCCGCCUUGGUGACCACGGACUCGGUGAAAGACCCUCACAGCCUGGGCAUCCGCUGCCUGGUGAACGGAGACACAGUCCAGAGCAGCAACACCGAUCAGAUGAUCUUCCAGACGGAGGCGCUGGUUGCCUGGGUCUCAAAGUUCGUGACUCGGACUCCAGGAGAUGUUUUCCUGACGGGCACUCCUCCGGGCGUGGGCGUGUUCAGAACGCCGCCCAUAUUCCUCAAGAAAGGAGACGUGGUGGAGUGCCAGAUCGACCAGUUGGGCUCCAUCAUCAACAAGGUGGUGUAAACGAGGAGGAAGGAAUGUCAACAAGCUGAACUGCACUUUUGAUCCGGCCGCCUCACACAAUGAAUUACUGAAUCCACAAAGUGUCACUGUGUGUGUGUUCAUCACAGUAAUUGCGAGGGAGGAACCCAACGGUAUUUUUAUUUCAGGAAACCGGGUAAUUACGUGACUCAUGUGAAGCUUGACCUCGGCGAGUCAGUCAUUGCCUUCUGUAAAAACACCCAUCUAUACACCAGCAGCAGCCCGCUAUAGACUCAGGACCCUUAAAAUGUAAAAAAAGGUAUUUAAAUUAAGUUUAGUACUCAUGAUGAAUUGUAUAAGAAACUGUUCAACUAACUUCAGUUAACAACAAGUUAUCAGAUUUUCAGUUAAGGGAGGAAUUUAAGCUAAUUAAAAAUACUUUAAAGUGUCUCUUUUAUAUUGCCUGGGAGAAAAUGGUUCAUAAUGACUUUGAUCUGCUCUUUGAUUCGUGUACCUGCUCAAUUAAUUUUCUUGGCUUAAAUCACUGAAGUAGAUUUUUCCCCACUGAUAAACAGCUUCAGAGAAAUCACCA